AUGAAUAGAAAAAAUAGGAACAGGGUGCAUAAGAGAAAAAUAAAAUACGAUACUCAUUGGUGUUUAGGAAUGAAGGACGUUAUGAUCCACGGCGAUUUGUGGUCAGCAAAUUUGUUGUGGAAGAAAACCGAGAGCGGAUUUGAGCUGGCCAGAAUUGUUGACUUUCAACUGGCUCACUUUGGAUGCGCGGCCGAAGACUUGACGCGCCUACUGAUCACGACCCUCAGUGGACACGACCGACGCGAGAAAUGGGACAGUCUGUUGAAGGAAUUCCACGGGUAUCUUACCACCUAUUGUGGUUCUACAGAAGUUCCCUACUCACUUGACCAAUUAAAAGAAGCGUAUCGACGAUUUUUCCCAUUCGCGGGAGUAAUUUUACUACCAGUGAUUGACGCUGUUGCUAAGAUGUAA